ACAUUGUUUUUGUCGAGCUAUGUGACAGUUAUGUGACAGCUGUCAAAAAAAGUUUUCCUCGCAGCGAAAGCAAACGUUUUGGCUCAUUCACAAAAUAUCCUUGCUCGAGGAAAGUUGUAAAAAAAUUGGGAAAACUCUGCGAGAAAAUAAAUAAAUAAAGUGAAAUAAACAUGAGUGGAUACGAUGAUGCAUCUGGAGCGGAGGAUUUAAGUGAAGACGGACAAGUGAGAUCCCCAGAAGAAAGUUUUGCUGAUGCUGAUGCAACUGAGGAUUCGCUGGACAUUAAACCCCCACAGGCAAUGAGGAGUCACGAGAGGAGUCGCGACAAACGCGGUGGGUACAAGGAGAAGCGUCAUUCGCGAGAUCAUCGACAUCGUAGCAGUGGUGGGCACACGGAACGUCCGGAAAGGCACGAUAGACGCCACGGGGGUCACCAUAGGGGUGAUUACCACCAUCAGGGACCACGGAGGCAUUCAAAUGAGGACCGAGGGAAGCACUACGCUCCACGUCCGCGGGAAAGCUACCGGAAAGGUGAACAUGAGCGCUACCGGAGUAGUCCGCAGGAGAAAUCCGAAGCAGAUCGCAUGUUGGAGGACCUUCGGAGUCAUUUGCUGAGUAAGCGCCACAAAAUGGAGGCUGAAAUGCAGGCACAGAAGCACCAUCAGGGGGAGAAUUACGAUAGGCGGCAGCAGCAAAAGUACCAACAUCCGGAGAAGAAGUCUUCGCACGAACGCCGACGGGAUUAUCGGGAUCACAGGCGCAAUGUGGAGGACAUUGAUAGCCCGGAGAACUAUGGGGAGCAUCCGAGUUCAUCGAGGGGUCAACGGGAGGGACGUCAUGAGCAGCAAAUGGCAAGAUUUGAGGACCCAGAGCAAGCUGCCAGGCGGGCCAAACUCCUUGAAAUUGAUCGAGAGACAAGCAAACGCAAAGAGCAGGCGCGUGAGGAGCUGCGUGCCAGGCGUGAGUUACGCCGUGAGGAGCGUCGUGAUGACGGGGAAUCCACCCAAAAACGGCAUCGGCACGACGAAGAAGCACCACGGAGUCACAAGAGGAAGAAAGUUCACGAGGAGUCUGUCAUAACGGUGUCUGAUAAGUCCGAAGAGGACGACGAGGAAGAGGAUUCAGCUUCGGAUUCCGAAUCAAGUGGUUCCUACGAUGAUUCCCAGAAUUCCGAUGAGGAAGAAGAGGAGGAUAUCCCAAAUAGCCCCCUCUCCGUUGGGGAUCUCUCAAAAUCCGAGCAUAGGCAUCGAAAUUCAUCGCGAAAUAGCUCCAAAUCGAAGAGUCAUACUCCAAGAUCUCGUUCCGGGUCAGCAUCAAAUAGUGGCACAGCUUCGGGUUCGUCUGAUUCCAAAUCCAUCAAUUCCCGGGCGUCAUCCAGGAGUUCCGGAAGGCGCGAAAAGGGAGACAAUGAGCGUUCACAAAUCUUCGAAGAGGACGACGAUAGGGAGGAAAAGGUUGCAGAAGAAGGAACUGCAGCCGAUGCAAGUCCAUUGGGGACGACACCGAGUGUGAAGGAAAAAGCUCCGGAAGAUGAUCUCCCAUCGUAUUUCCCAGCAUUGCAGGGUUGUCGCUCUGUGGAGGAAUUCCAGUGUCUCAAUCGCAUCGAGGAGGGUACCUACGGGGUGGUUUAUCGUGCCAAGGAUAAGCGAACGGAGGAGAUUGUGGCCCUGAAGCGACUCAAGAUGGAAAAGGAGAAAGAGGGCUUCCCGAUAACUUCACUCCGGGAGAUUAAUACCCUCCUCAAGGGGCAGCAUCCGAACAUUGUGACUGUACGGGAGAUUGUUGUUGGCAGCAAUAUGGAUAAGAUUUUCAUCGUAAUGGAUUACGUGGAGCAUGAUUUGAAGAGUCUCAUGGAGACAAUGAAGCACAAGAAGCAGGCUUUCCUUCCGGGUGAGGUGAAAUGCCUCACGCAGCAAUUACUACGAGCUGUGGCUCAUCUGCACGAUAUCUGGAUCCUCCAUCGUGAUCUCAAGACUUCCAAUCUCCUUCUGUCCCACAAAGGUAUUCUCAAGGUGGGUGAUUUUGGUCUUGCACGUGAAUAUGGGUCACCACUGAAGCCCUAUACAUCGGUGGUGGUUACACUGUGGUACCGUGCUCCGGAACUCCUGCUCGGCUGCAAGGAGUACUCAACACCCAUUGAUGUGUGGUCUGUUGGAUGCAUUUUUGCUGAAUUCCUCGCCAUGACGGCUCUCUUCCCCGGGAAAUCCGAAAUUGAUCAACUCAAUCGUAUCUUCAAGGAUUUGGGUACGCCAAAUGAGAAAAUCUGGCCUGGGUAUGGAGAACUUCCGGCUGUGCAGAAGAUGACCUUCACAGAAUACCCCGUGUCGCAGUUGAGGAAGAAAUUUGCCCAUCUUACCAGUGAAUUGGGCUUGUCUCUGCUCCAGGGAUUGCUGACGUAUGAUCCGAAGCAGCGGCUAACGGCUGAGCAGGCGCUUAAGAGUAACUACUUCAAGGAACUUCCACUACCCAUUGAUCCCGCAAUGUUUCCCACGUGGCCGGCAAAGAGUGAACUCGGAGCCCGGAAGGCACUCGCGUCGAGUCCAAAGCCCCCAUCCGGAGGGGGGCAGUUUAAGCAGCUCGGUGGAGACGACGGCGCAGACAACCCAUCGGGAUUCCAUCUUGGCGGGAAUCUCCUGGAUGCCCGACAAAUGGCCAUGGGGCCUGGAUUCAGUCUUAAAUUCUAAUCCCAUUUAUUUUGUAAUUAAAGAGAAAUAAAAUUUGAAGAAAA